UCUCUCCUCUCCUUUCCUCUGGACAGAAUAAUCUCAUUUCACUUUGAUCUGUGAGCGUGUUCUCUCACUCUCGCAUGGAGAUGGCUGCUGCAAUUAGUAGCAGACCAACUGCGUUUUAUCUUUCCAAAUUCUCUUCUUCUCCAUCUUCGAAUCUCAUAAGUUUGAUAUCUCUUUCUUGGAACAAAGCCAUUGGCAAUGGAAUGGCUUCAAUGUCUACGAAAGCGAGGUUUGGAUGGUCGAAAGGGGGUGCGGAUCUCUUGGAGCGCCCGACAUUUGAUCAUUCUCAGUUUGAUCCUACUCCGCAAACUGAGGAAGGAGAUAUGGGACAGCUGAGUGACAAGAGAGGUGUUUUUAGUGGAGAUAGUUACAAGGUUGUGCUGAGUGACAAUAUAUAUUUGAAAUCAAGCAAGAGAACACUCUCCCUCUUGGAACAAUGUCUAACCAUGAGAAAUAUCAAGCAAAUUCAGUCCCAUCUAAUUGUCUCUGGAACCCUUUUCGAUCCUUUUGCAGCAGGAAAGCUCAUAGCCUGCUGUGCAAUCUCCAAACAUGGCGAUCUUAGUCAUGCCUAUCUCCUCUUUCGCCAUCUCCCCUAUCCCACUACCUUUGUUUGGAACACCAUGGUAAGAGCUUUUACGGAGAAGCAAGAACCUAUUAAAGCUAUAUCUCUGUAUAAGCAAAUGUUAGAAAAUGGCAUCUUACCUAACAAUUACACCUUCUCAUUCCUUCUCAAGGCUUCUGUUGACCUCUCUGAUGUUUUAUUUGGUCUUCAGUUACAUGCACAAAUCAUCAAACUUGGUUGGGAAUCCUAUGAUUUUGUCCAAAAUGGUUUGAUCCAUUUGUAUGCUACUUGUAAUUGUGUUGCUUUGGCUCGUAAAUUGUUUGACAUGAGUUUAAAUCUUGAUGUGAUUUCAUGGACCACAAUGAUUAAUGGCUAUGCAAAAUCUGGAGAACUUGAAGUUGCACGGAGAUUGUUUAUUGAGAUGCCUGAAAGGAAUGCUGUUUCUUGGAGUGCUUUGAUCUCUGGUUAUGCUCAAGUUGGUAUGUUUAUAGAGGCUCUUGAACUUUUUAAUGAGAUGCAACUUUCCGGCUUCCAACCUAACCAUGCUGGGAUUGUUGGUGCACUCUUGGCCUGUGCUUUUCUUGGGGCUUUGGAUCAAGGAAGAUGGAUUCAUACUUACGUGAAUAGAAAUGCAAUGGAAUUGGAUACAAUUCUGGGUACUUCUCUUAUUGACAUGUUUGCAAAGUGUGGGUGCAUAGAUACUGCUCUUCAGGUCUUCAAUGAGAUGCCUGAGAGAGAUGUCUUUGCUUUUACAUCAAUGAUUUCAGGCCUUGCGAACCAUGGCCAGAGUGCAAGUGCUAUUAUGUUAUUUGGUAAGAUGCAGAAGGAAGGAAUUAAGCCUAAUGAAGUUACGUUUAUAUGUUUAUUAAGUGCAUGCAGUAGAAUGGGGUUGGUGGAAGAAGGGAUGAGAUUUUUCAAAAGCAUGAGUACAACUUAUGGGAUUGAUCCAGGGGUGGAGCACUAUGGAUGCCUGGUAGAUCUAUUGGGGCGAGCAGGAUUGCUGGAAGAAGCAGAUAGAGUGGUGAGAGAUAUGCCCAUGGAGCCUGACUCAUAUGUCUUAGGUGCAUUACUCAAUGCUUGUAGAAUGCAUGGUGAUGUUGAAUUGGGAAAAGAAAUCGUUGAGAGCUUGUCUAGACGGAGUCUUGACCAUGGUGGGGUCCAUGUUCUUUUAUCUAACAUGUAUGCCUCAGCUAAUCAGUGGGAAGAUGUGGCAAAGGUGAGGAAGGGGAUGGAAGAGAAGAAAGUGAGGAAGGUGCCUGGAUGUAGCUUGAUUGAAGUUGAUGGUGUUAUUCGGGAAUUUGUUGUGGGAGAUAGGUCUCAUUUUCUAAUCAAGGAACUCAUCUUUUUAUUGCUUGGAAUGGACAAACAGUUGAAGUCUUUUGGGUUAGAUGAUGAUUUUAUAUCCAUUGAACAAUGCCCCUAGCUUGGGAAUCAUAGGGUUGCAGUUCAGUUGCAAGCAAUCAGCUGUUGGUCAGCACCUUGAUCCUUGUUAUCAGGAUUAAAGAUCUCUAUCCAUGUCUUGCAGAUUCAUUGAUUACACAUGCAGAGGAGCAUCUUUGAAGUUCUUAGACAGAAAGUUUUUCUGUUAUUUGGUUAUGUACAAACAAGGCUUAGAGAUCACAAGUCCAUAUGGGCUCAAUUCAACAGUAUUAAUCCUGAAAAGUAUUAUGCUA